CAAUUCACAGCCGGCAACAAUACAAGUGAGCAAAGUUGAUCAAGCAACAAAGUUUCAUUUUGUCUUCUUGAUUCAUAAAUCAAAAUACGAAAUAACGUAACAUUUAGAAAUAUCAUGUAGAUUUUUCGUUGAUAGUAUUUCAAAAUUUUAUAAAGUGUAGCAUCAAACAACAACAAACUAAGGACUUCAGGUGACACAAUGGCACUACGAAAUCUUUUGCAAAAUUAUUGCAAAGGUGUAAUGUUACAGAACCAAAUUUAUCAGACUAAUCUGCCUUCUAUAUUUUGGGGAUGCAAUCAUAAACAAGUUCGUUAUAAGAGACAAAAUAACAAACAUUGGCUGCCCAAAUGGAGAGGGUUUCGUCGAUUGAAGAUGAUUAAAGUUGAGUUGCCCGACUUUGAGGAACUGGAGAAGAACAAACACCUGUCGCCGGAAGAAAUGCGAAGCAAGAUGAAGGAAAAGGGGCUCGCCCCAGGAAGACCUUGGAUGGAGAGACCCUUUGAAAUCUCAUCAACUGGGGAUAUUUUUGAGCCAUAUGUCCCCCCAGAGGGUGAUGGAAAAGCCUCAGCCAUUAGUAAAGAGGGAGCCAAACAAUCUGCCGAAAUGGUGAGCAAGAAGAGCAAGUCGUGGCUAGCGUUUAGAAAAAUAAGACAGUUUGACGAAGAUUUUGCCCAUCAAGAGUUUCUACGAGGGGCUGAAGAAAUUUAUCUUAAUGUUCACAAAGCAGUUGCUGCUAAUGAUAAGCACUUGCUAAGAACACUAGUCACGGAACGAGCGUAUCCUGAAGUUAUCUACAAUAUGAAAUAUAAAACCAUCCAUUGGAAAUUCUUAGAAUCCGUCGAGCCCCCAAAGGUUGUUCAUGCAAGAUGUACAAACGUAAUAACAAAAGAAAAUAUUUUCGCACAAGUGACUUGUAGAUUUUUUACUAAACAGAUUUUGGCGGUGUAUGACCGAUUUGGACGUCUUUCUCACGGAAGUGAAGUCAUUUCCAAAGAUGUUUUGGAAUACGUUGUGUUCGAAAAACAUCUUGCAAAUGAGUAUGGAGUAUGGAGAGUCCAUGCAAAAAUCAUCCCUCCAUGGCUGACUCGUGAAAAUGACACUCCUAGAACAUUUGUGGCUGCUGCUAAUUAUUAGCAAAUAAAGCUGCUAAUUAUUCAAUUGGUGACACAGAUUUUGUUCUUUUUUGUAAUGACUACUAGCAGAAAUAAAUAGCAAUCUAACAAAUCCACGCGUCAUGCAUUCCUACAAUAUCAAGUCAAUUUGUAUGAUGUCAUUUGUGAAUAUAGACUAUACCUAUUAUAAAUUAA